UGGCUAGCCAGCCCACAGUGGUAAUACGUGAAUAGCCCGUCUCAUCAUUGGCCCGAUCACCCUUCCCUAUUCGAGGCCUACCAAACGCCCUCCCACAUCUAAUAAAAUCCCUAUUCUGUACAACUUCCUUUCAAUUUUUUUCCAUUUCUUUCCCUCAAAGCUUAUGCAACAAAUCUAUUGCUUUCAACUCUCUCUCUCUCUCUCUCUCUCUCUCUCUCUCAAGCAGGGACACUAACACUCUCUCAGUCUGAUUCUCACACAUUGCUUCGUUUCCUUGUUCUUGAACCAGUGGCUUUUUGAGGAGUCCGUCUCUGAUCCCUCAUUUCCUUCUCGAGAUGAAGAUUAGCAAUUCUAAGCUUCUGAGGUUGGACUAGGUGGUUGUGGUCUGAGCAAGUGACCAUGCCUUUGAGACGGGGAUCCUCUGGUCCUGGCCUCCAGAGGAACAGAAGCGUUUGCUGUCGUGUACCUUUCGCAAUUCUCCUUUUCUUUGCAGUUGCGCCCUUGCUUUUUCUCAUCGGACGGAGUCUCCACACCACUACCACCGCCACAAUCGAUCCAAACGGAAUCCAAACUGGGAAUGUACAGAAUUUAGAUUGGCGAGAAUGGCUGGCGAUGCAAUAUUUUACAUCCAUUUUCUCAAAAGAGGUUUUCCAUGCCUGGAGAGAUAUGGGGCGAGGAAGUAAGAAAUGCUGGAAUGAGAAGGUGGCUAGUGGCCCAUACAUUGCUUCUGCGGCGAUUAGUUACCGGUUAUUGAUGCUUUGGAAGAUCACGUCAAGUCUGUUCACAGAGAGUUUACCCUUGGUAUCUGUCGUAGGCGUUAUUUUGUAUCAAAAACAGAAAAUGAGCACUCUGUGCAUGUCAUUGAAGCACAUGAAGCUCUGAAGGAGGACUCAGAACGUGGAGGAGGUUGAACUUGAGCUCUACGCAACUGGUACUAUUAUGUAGAUCUCCUUUCUCAUUCUUUGUUAACAAACUGAUUUCACUUGCUUUCCUAAUAAUAGCAGUAGUCAGCAACUCAGAGAUGUGUAAAUGCUUGUAAAGAAUAAGAUCAUGAUACCUGAAGAGAAGCCCGGUUAAAGCCCGAA